GAGCGCAGUGAUGGUGUUUUAUGAACGAAUUUUUCCUGGUCUUGUGGCGUUGGCGGUGCUGUUGAUCAGCCAUGCAGGCUGUGUCCAGGACCAAGCUCCAGGAGAUGGUGUAGCGAUAUGUACUGAUGAGAUCGUUAAUGGAAUGCCGAAUCCUUACUUUGCCGACCGCCCAAUGUACUCUGUCAAUGAACGACCUCUGAUGGACUCCAGAGACUAUAACCGCCUGCUUCUGGAAACUGGCGAAGCGUAUGUACCGUGGCAAAGCCUGGAUAAGGACAAUAACAAUACUAACGAUGUUAUAACUGAGUGGACUCAAACUGGAUCAGCCACAUGUGCUGGGGUAGUGACAGUGUGUGGAUUCAGUGUUGGAGCUCAAGAGAACUGGCUCAUCACACAGCACAUCAACACAGUGCUACCAGGAGGAGAAGGAGAGAGACUGAGGAAAGUGACUGUUCAGUUUGAGGGAACUCUCAAUAGAUGUGAUAUCAGUAGACAGUGCAGACAGAGUUUUGAACUGUACAAGUGGGAGACUUCAGCCAUUGAUAGAAAUGGAGCAACUAACACCAACAAUUACGUCAGAGUUGGUCGAGUCUCUCCUGCUGUUACUAGUGGAGUAAUGUCCUUUGUUGACUAUCAUGAUAUUGAAUUAGGCACCGCAGGUGGUUAUUACUUGGGAGUUGUUGACUUGAGCACUUGUGUUACUCUCACAAGAAUUCUAGUUCUCUACUAUGUGUGUCCAGAGGAGACAUCAGAACUCAUCUCAAGACCUGAGGCAAUUGAAUCCCAGUCUCUGGUAGGCUCGCCUUCAGUGGAGGGAGAGUGUGUAGAAAACAGUUCCACAGGUGGUGGAGUCAAUCCUAUUCUCAUAUGUAGUGCUAGGGGACAGUGGCAUGUGAUAAAACCUUGUCUCUGUAAUCCUGGAUAUCAGCUAAACAGUAGUCAGGAUAAGUGCUCAGAGUGUCCAGAAGGAACCUUCUCAUCAGGACUGGGUAAUGGACCAUGUGAAACAUGUCCAGCUAACAGUGAGGGGACUGGAACUGGUCUGAGCCUCUGUCCAUGUCUCCAGGACUACUGCAGAGCUCCUUAUGAGGGGCCAUCCAUCCUUUGUACACAGUCUCCAGGACGUCCAUCUGAUGUCAGAGUGUCAAAUGUGACCAACACAUCAGCCAUCCUCUCCUGGUCUCCUCCUGAUAAUGGUGGAGGGAGACCUCUCUAUGAGAUAGUCUUCACUGUCACUGCCACUGACAUAAAAGGAAGUGGAGGAGAGAGAGUGGUGGUGAGUGAGGUGAAUGAUACAGAGACCAUUGUGACUGGACUGACUCCUGGUGUCCUCUACACAUUCUCUGUAUCUGCUGAGAAUGAUGUCUCCUCUCAGGACAACAAUAUCAAUGCCAGGAGUCUCAGUACCACUGCCAACACUCAGGAAGGA